UUCCGUGGGUAAACUUAGGAUCACAGAUACCUUAGAGUGCAAUGUCAAGGAAGAGCUUCAGUGCAGCUGUAAAGGGACCUCCUUAUGCUUCUUCCCGGGAAAGAAUACGUCAAAAAGAAUGGUUUCCUAUGCCAUGGGACAACACUAGACGAACCAUAUACACAGAAACUGUUGAUAAGACAUUUGCUACACUGGAAGCAUUCAGCCUAAGGAAGAAAGCUGCUUACACUUACAAGCACCAGGAAUACAGACCUUACUAUUAUGGGACUCCCUCAGAGAGAGCUCAAUACCAGUUCAAAUUAAGAAGCUGCCUCAUAGACCAAAUAAGUGAAAGAGAGCGAAACAAAGAGCACUUCUCCAGCAACACGGAGGAGAGUGAGAGGAUGACCAAAGACUCCAUUGCAUUCAGCCAAAGAGAGAAAGAGAGAACUACGAAACAGAAACAAUACUUCAUGACCAUAAGGGACUCAAAUAAAAUGCUGCAUACAUCAGUAAACAGUAUGUGCCUUUACUUUGAAUUUGUGCAGCUUUUUGAGUUGAAAUCAAAGCAGGAGACUGAAGAUAGAUUAGCAGAGCAAAGAAAAGAGAGACAACUACUGCAGCAUAGCCCAAUAAACUGGAGCAAGACGUUAUCAUGAAUAAUUAAAUUAAAUAUGAAUAUUUAAAAACAAACACAUACACAAGAAUUGUAUUAGCUCAACACACAAAACAUUGAAAACAGCAUGAUAAUAUUUAAUAAAGAGA